AUGGCCUCAAAGACUGAUGCGUCCUUAUUUAUGUAUCACUCUGAGGGUGUUAUUGCCUAUCUCCUUGUGUAUGUGGAUGAUAUCAUCCUCACAGGGAAUGACUCAUCUCAUCUAUGCAUUCUUAUAUCCAAAUUGGGGAAAGAGUUUGCCUUAAAAGACUUGGGGCCACUUCGGUUUUUCUUGGGGAUUGAGCUUACCCCAAAUGACACGGGUUUACUUCUCACCCAACAAAAAUAUAUUUUUGAUCUACUCAAUCGGUCGCAUAUGGAGGGUUCCAAGCCAUUGUCUACUCCUCUAUCAUCCACUACACGCUUAUCACGGUCCUCUGGGACUCCUCUUACCGAUCCUUCGGAGUAUCGGAGUAUUGUUGGGGCGCUUCAAUAUGUUACUUUGACUAGACCUGACAUUUCCUUUGCGGUGAACAAGGUGUGUCAAUUUAUGGCUGUUCCCACUGAUGAGCAUUGGCUGGUUGUUAAGGGAAUUUUACGGUAUCUUAAGGGUACCAUCUCUAUGGGUCUUCAACUUCGAUCCAGCUCCUCUUUGACAUUGAGUGCUUUUUCAGAUGCUGAUUGGGCUAGCUGCCCUAAUGAUCGAAAAUCAACGGGUGGAUAUUUGAUAUUUUUGGGCAAUAAUCUUGUAUCAUGGCAGUCUCGCAAACAAAAUAUUAUUGCUCGGUCUAGUACGGAGAGUGAGUAUCGUGCUCUAGCUUUAGCAACCACAGAACUUACUCGGUUGCAAUCAUUGUUGCGAUAA